AAAUAUCGAAUCGGGGAUAUGGUCUGUUAUGUUGUCAACAAACAGGCGGUAAACACCCGAAUUAGCGCUUUCUAAGAUUGCUUAUCAAUUAAACCAACGCUGAUUUGGGGGCAGAGGCUGCAGGGGCCAAUGUCGCCAGUGGACAAAUACAAGACAUAUCACUUGGGGGCCGCAUAAAUCAACAAAAUCAGAUUCGCCGGAGCAGCAAGAAGCAGAGCAGAGGAGCUUGAGAUUGGUUUGGACUUAUUUCGAAACGAGUGUUUUCCCGGCGACAGCGGAGUUCUCGGUUACAUAAUCAUGCGCUUGCUGAGGCGCAGCUGGGCGGGAUUGCUCUACCAGAGGCGGCACCAGCAUCACCGGCGUUUCCUAGUGACCACCAGUGGAAGGAGCAAUGGGGACCGGGAGGAGCAGCAACAUAAGUGGAGUUCCCCGGGCAGCAGACCGGAGCAAAUGCUCUAUGCCGCCUUUUGGGCAGGUGGCCUAACACUAGGCUUCCACUGGCUGACCAACAGGCACCACCAUGUCCUGCUCGAGGAGCAGAAGGGCCCCACCGAGGAGGAGCAGGAGGCACUGGCCCGACUCUGGCACGUGACCCUCAGAAAGGAACUGCCCACCUACAGGGCCGACCAAGUGGAGCCGCACAACUGCCCCGAGAAUCGCAUUUGGGUCACCUACGGCCUGGGCGUCUACGACGUCACGGACUUUGCCGAGAAUCACCCGGGUGGCGAUAAGAUUCUGAUGGCUGCCGGCAGUGCCAUUGAUCCCUUCUGGGCCAUCUACCAGCAGCACAACACGCUGGAGGUUCUGGAGCUGCUGGAGGGCUUCCGCAUUGGCAAUCUAGAGGGUGAACUGGUGACCAGCGUGGACGAUGAGCUGGGCUCGCCCUGGUCGCAAGAGCCGCAGCGCCACGCCCUGCUCAAGCCCGCCUCAAAGAGGCCCUUCAACGCGGAGCCACCCAUUGGCCUGCUGGCCGAGCAGUUCUACACGCCCAACGAGCUGUUCUAUGUGCGCAACCACCUGCCAGUGCCGGUGAUCAGUCCCGAGGACUACGAGUUGGAGAUCGAUGGUGGAGGUGGUGGCGUCGGCGGGAAGGAGCAGACCCUUACGCUGGAGGGGAUCAAGGCCCUGCCCAAACACUCGGUGACGGCGGCCAUCAUGUGCGGCGGCAAUCGGCGCUCCGAGAUGACCAAAGUCAAGGCUGUAAAGGGCCUUUCGUGGGGCGCCGGUGCCGUGGGCAAUGCCAAGUGGUCGGGAGCCCGACUCUGCGACGUCCUCAAGCAGCAGGGCGUGCAACCGGACGAGGCCAAGCACGUGAUCUUCGAAGGCGCCGACCUGGAUCCCACUUCCCACCCAUACGGGGCAUCCAUACCGCUCUCCAAAGCUCUGGAUCCUCGGGGAGAUGUCAUCCUGGCCUACGAGAUGAACGACGAGCCGCUGAGCCGAGAUCACGGCUAUCCCAUCCGGGUUAUAGUACCCGGCACAGUGGGCGCCCGCAAUGUGAAGUGGCUGACGCGAAUUGUAGUGGCGGAUCAGGAGUCGGACUCGCACUGGCAGCAGAACGACUACAAGGGCUUCAGCCCCAGCACGGACUGGGACACGGUGGACUUCGGCAAGUCCGAGGCCAUCCAGGCCAUGCCGGUAACCUCGGCCAUCUGCACGCCCCAGCCGGGAUCGAGGGUGAAAGUGGACGACGACGAGGGACACAUCACGGUGAGGGGCUAUGCGUGGAGCGGGGGCGGCAGGAAGAUAGUGCGGGUGGACCUCACCAAUGACGAGGGUCUGAGCUGGCACGUGGCCGAACUGGAGCAGGAGGACAUACCCGAUGGCAGGCACUACGGCUGGUCCCUGUGGACCGCUCGCCUGCCCAUUUCCGAGGCCCAAAGGAAGGCCGGAGACGUGGAGAUCUGGGCCAAGGCCGUCGACUCGGCUUACAAUGUGCAGCCGGAGAAGUUCGAGCACAUCUGGAAUCUACGCGGUGUUUUGGCCAAUGCCUAUCACAAGGUCAAAGUGAAGAUUGUCUGAAGAAAUAACUUAAAUAUUAUGGAGGAGCAUGAAGGUUUCUGUCUAGAAACAUGGGAUUUAAGGAUUGUUCAUACACAAAUAAAGAAUCGAUUUCUGUCAACACA